CACCAUCACCGGAAGCGCGUCGCACACAAUGAACGCCUGGACGCCCCAGGAAGCCGGUCUCCGAGAAAUUCUGCAGACAAUUCACGAAUCAACAGACACCCAGAACGUCGCAGUUCAACGAAACAUCACACAUAAACUCAACAGCUUUACGCGUGUGCCAGACUACAUCGCAUAUCUUGCCUACAUCCUUUCUUCGUUACCUCAGGAGCAGGACAGAAUCAGGACCAUCGCAGGUUACCUCCUCAAGAAUAAUGCUUCCCUCAUCCUCAGGUCGACCCCAGAGGUCGUCGAGUUCGUUAAAGCCGCCAUCCUCCAUGCUUUCGCCGAUCCAAGCAGUAUGAUCAGGAAUGCUGCCGGUCAGGAUAUCGUCACCUUUCUCGGCAUCCUCGAGCCUAAGCGUUGGCCGGAGUGUUUGAUGCAGUUGGUGGCUCUGCUGGACACAGAAGGCGAACAGCAAGAGGCCGCCUUCAACGCGCUCCAGAAAGCCUGCGAAGAUUACCCUCGGAAACUCGACGUGGAAAUCAACGGUCAAUUCCCGCUCAACUUCAUGAUCCCGAAAUUCCUCAUGCUCACCGAACACCACAACUCGAAAAUCCGAUCCCACGCUAUCGGCUGCCUCUCCUACUUCGUGCCCGUCUCCGCCCAGGCCCUCUACGCGCACAUCGACACCUUCAUCGCCUGUCUCUUCAAGCGCGCGUCGGAUGACGACCCGCUCGUCCGACGCCACGUCUGUCAGGCUCUCGUGCUCCUAUUGGCGAGCAGGCCGGACAAGGUGAUGCCGGAGCUCGCGAGCGUCGCGGAGUACAUGCUCUACUCGACGAAGGACAAGAACGAGCAGGUCGCGCUCGAGGCCUGCGAGUUUUGGCUGACGUUCGCGGAGGAUCCGGAUCUGGCGAAUUAUCUGCACCCAUUGUUACCGAGAGUGGCACCGGUACUGUUGGAUUGCAUGAUCUACUCCGAGGAUGAUCUUCUGUGGCUGGAAGGCGACGAGGAGGACGCGGCCGUCCCUGAUAAAGAGACCGAUAUUAAGCCGCGGCAUUACGGCGGCAAGUCGCAUAACUUCGAGCGGGAUGGUGCGGACGCGGCGAAUGGUGGGGAUGGGACAGGAGAGAAGAAGGGCGCAUACGGGGAGGAGCAGAUCGAUUCGGAUGACGAGUUCGAAGACGAAAUUGAUGACGAUUUCGCGGAGGAGAUGUCAACGGAGUGGAACCUCCGCAAGUGCGCGGCCGCGGCGCUGGACGUGCUCGCGGUCAGGUUUGGCCCGGAUCUGUUGAAUGUGUUGUUGGAGCCGUUGAAGGUGAAGUUGUGGGACCAGGAUUGGAUGCAGAGGGAGAGCGCGAUCUUGGCGUUGGGGGCUGUGGCGGAAGGCUGCAUCGAGGCGAUUGAGCCACAUCUUCCGACGCUGAUCCCAUACUUGAUCAGUACGUUGAACGACCCCAAACCGUUGGUCAGGUCUAUUACUUGUUGGACGCUCGGUCGUUACGCUAGCUGGUGCACAAUAAUCCCCAACGAGGAGCACAAGAAUAGCUUCUUUGUGCCCACCAUGGAGGGUCUCCUCCGUAUGGUCCUCGACAACAAUAAACGCGUCCAAGAAGCCGGUUGCUCCGCCUUCGCCACACUCGAAGAAGACGCCGGUAUGGAGCUCGCGCCUUACCUCGAGCCCGUCCUCCGCAACCUCGUGUUUGCGUUCGACAAGUACCAGCACAAGAAUAUGCUGAUUCUUUAUGAUGCGGUCGGGACGUUGGCGGACGCGGUUGGCGGGGCCUUACAGAAUCCGGUGUUCGUGGAGAUUUUGAUGCCACCAUUGACCAAGAAGUGGGCGAAACUGAAGGACGAUGAUGAGGAUUUGAUUCCGCUGCUGGAGUGUCUCGCAUCUGUGACGAUCGCAAUGGGGCCCGCCUUCCUCCCUUACGCCGGCCCCGUAUUCGACCGCUGCCUCAUGAUCGCCAAAACCUCAAUCAUGGCCUACCAAAUGUACCAACAAAACCCCGAACUCGACGAGCCCGACAAGACCUUCCUCGUCGUCGCGCUCGAUCUCCUCUCUGGGCUCACCCAAGGCCUCGGCAUGGAACUCAAGCCCUUCAUCGACCACGGCGACCCGAACCUCUUCCAGCUGCUGCAGGUCUGCUUGAAGCACCCGCAGGCGUCGGUCCGGCAGAGCGCGUACGCGCUGAUUGGCGAUCUGGCCAUGGCGUGUUUCCCGCUUUUGAGGCCGCAUAUGCAGACGGUGAUGCAGGAUCUGAUUAUGCAGCUGGAUCCGGAGCCAAAGGUGGAAUUCAUUAGUGCGUGUAACAAUGCGGCGUGGUCGGUUGGGGAGGUUGCGUUGCGCUAUGGACGUGACGAUCCAGAGUUCCAGCAAUACGUUAACCCGCUCAUGACGCGUCUUGUCCCCAUUCUCCUGCACCCGAAGGCCCCCCGCUCGCUGCACGAAAACGCAGCGGUGUCGAUCGGGAGGAUCGGGCUCGUUCAUCCCGGGAUGGUCGCGCCGCUGUUGCCCGAGUUUGCGCAGGCUUGGUGUCAGGCGUUGUACGAGAUUAGGGACAACGAGGAGAAGGAUUCUGCGUUUAGGGGGUUGUGUACGCUUGUGCAAGCGAAUCCGAUGGGGAUCACGAAGAGCUUGAUGUGGUUCUGCAACGCGAUCGUGAGAUGGAACUCGCCGUCCCCCGAGCUCAACCAGAUGUUCCAGAACUUGUUGUCGAGCUUCAAGGCUCAUGACGAACAAGGAUGGGCGGCACAGCUUUCGACGUUCCCGCCUGCCAUUCGGGAGGCGCUUCUGCAGCGUUACGGUGUUUGAGGUGGAAGGGCACGAGUGACGUGGGGUAGAAUCGUUGAUCGGCGAUCAACCCUCUUGGCGGCCUUUGAUCUUGGGUCUCCGGCCUUGUCUGUCUUUCUUGCUUGGUCGUGGUUGUGGGAUAGGAUGCGCGGGUUGUUGUCACGAUUGCAUGAAGUUCAAAAAAAAGUCGGAAAGGAAAUACGAAAUGUUUUGAAUACUUGUCACGACCAUUUUCUCACCUAUGUCAUGCCGUUCUUGUUCUUUCUGCCUCUUGUUCGUCUCCACUCUCACUCCCCAUCCACGUCUGUCUGUGUCUUUGGUCUUCCGCUCUCAGGCUCUGUGGCUUCCUUCCGAUUCUUACCUACCUAUGAUUCCAGUCCCGUUCGCGUUUUCGUAUCCAUCAUCUUGUGCUCAUAGCUCCAGCUACCCAUCAUAUUUCUGAACCAGUUACUUACAUACAUACCUACGUACCUACGCACUCAUCAGCAUCUUUCACAUUUCAUUUCUCCCAUUCGAUGGCCUCUUGUUUUUCUGUUGUUGUUUGGAUGGUUUCCUUUUGACUCUGUUUUUGUUUGAGUACUAUACUGGUCGUGUUACUGUACCUGUCUCGUCAUUUGUCUUUGUUCUCGUUCGUCCGCGUCUUUGAAUUUGCUUUCAUUCGAACUCCUUUUAUCGUUCCACUCACUCAUCCACCCUUCACCCCCCUUGACAUCCUUCUUAUCCUUCAACUGCAUCCAACCCUUUCGGCGUCUUACCCACCUUUCAACUUCUCUACGCCAGCCUUUCUUUCAAUCUGAGGCCAUCUAUUUUUUUUUGUAGCUACAGUACUUACAUACGAUACCUUCAUACCACGCCACUUCCAAUCCCUGCAAUAUUUUUCGUGUUCUUCGUUCGGCUUUUGUAUACUUGCAUUCAGUAGUGUUAUAUACAUACGACACGAUCUCGUUACGGUACCAACAGCAAUAUCAAGUUCUCGCCUC